CAAACGCAAAGGUUUAUACGAAUCAUACCCUACUUAAUAAAAACCUUAUUUCAGUCUCAUUAUUUCUUCAUCAAUGUGUGGCGGUACACUAAUAAGCUGCUAACGAGCUUGAUCAUCAUAAUUUCUGCUGGUUGAAAAUGAACUAUGAUCAUGGGUUUGACACCAUCCCAGUCUCGGCAGGACCUUGGGGAGGUCAAGGUGGAGGAAGAUGGGAUGAUGGUGUACACACGGGCAUCAAGCAGUUGAUAGUCACUCAUGGAGCAGGAGUUGAUUCCAUCCAAAUCGAGUACGAUGACAAAGGAAACUCAGUUUGGUCUCCUAAGCAUGGUGGUAAUGGUGGCGAAAAAUUGGACAGAAUCAUACUUAAGCAUCCAGACGAGUUUCUAAUAUCAAUUAGUGGGUAUUAUGGUAGUGCCACUAGUUUAUACGGUCCGGUGUUUAUCCGAUCCUUGACGUUUGUAAGCAAUAUGAAAACAUAUGGACCAUUUGGUUCUAACCAACUAGGAACUCAUUUCUCAUUUUCAAUGUCAAAUAGCAAAAUUGUAGGAUUUCACGGAUAUUUUGGUUGGUAUCUGGAUGCGAUUGGAGUUCACAUGCGACAACUGUUUGUAUACCAGGAGCCAAUUCCAUGCAAAUCUAUAGUUCCAUCACACAAUCUUGUUGCAACCGGGACAGAGACUGGGAGCAAUAAUUUAGGGUUCAAAGUAGUCCAGUGGAAGGUUGACGAUGAGGAUGGGUAUGUCAAUAACGUUCGCGCUUUGCAACAAAGUGAUAGCAAAAACAACAGCGUUCUCUCGUUGCAACAAAGUGAUAGCAAAAACAACAACGUUUUUGCGUUGCAAAAAAGUGAUAACAAAAACAAUAACGUUCUCGCGUUGCAACAAAGUGAUAGCAAAAAUAACGUCAAACCGAACAAAGUUCUAAUAAGAAAUUUGAGCAGUUCGGAAGCGAGCGAAGGAGCACCAAAUGAUAUCAAGGUUGUUCCUACUUAUACUGAGAAAGGUGUUUCAAGUGUUCUGACUUACGGACCUUGGGGAGGUAACGGUGGUACCAUAUUCGAUGAUCGAGUUUACACCGGAGUUCGACAAGUGAACUUAACGCGUAGUUCGGUUCUUGUUUCGAUAAAAGUUUUGUACGAUAAGAAUGGUUUAGCAGUUUGGGGAAGCAGAAAUGGUGGAGCUGGAGGAAUCAAAUCAUAUAACAUAGUUUUUGAUUUUCCGUUCGAGAUCUUGACGCACAUAUCAGGCUACUAUGGAACAGUUAUGUACAUGGGACCAACAGUGAUAAAAUCCAUAACAUUUCAUACCAAUACAAGAACUCAUGGACCAUACGGUGAUGAACAAGGAACACCAUUUUCAUCCAACUUGAAACAAGGAAAAAUUGUAGGAUUCCAUGGAAGGAAAGGAUACUUUGUAGAUAGUAUUGGGGUUCAUGUCAACGAAGGGAACUUUUGGAUCCCAAAACGUGCCGGUGCUUGUAGUCCACCUGAAUUGCCAGUAGCCGAGAUGGAUAAUCCACAAUGGUCUAAUAAACUAGUACUCGCAAAACGAGGACAGAAAGAAGAGGCAACAUAUGGAGUUGUAAAAGAACCGGCUCCAUGCGGACCAGGGCCAUGGGGUGGAGAUGGAGGCCGACCAUGGGAUGAUGGAGUGUUCACAGGAAUCAAGAAGAUAUUUCUGACAAAAGGAGAAGCCAUUUGUUCUAUACAGAUCGAGUACGAUCGAAAUGGACAGUCUGUCUGGUCUACACGGCAUGGAGGCAGUGGUGGAGACACCACCAACAGAAUAAAAUUUGAUUACCCACAUGAAGUGAUUACUUGUAUAAGUGGAUAUUAUGGUUCCAUAAGCAAAGAUGAAAGACCUAAUGUUAUAAGAUCACUUACAUUUUUUACCAGCAGAGGUAAAUAUGGACCUUAUGGUGAAGAAAUUGGAACAUUUUUCACUUCAACUAUAACUGAAGGAAAAGUUGUUGGACUCCAUGGAAGAAGCAGCUUGUAUUUGGAUGCAAUUGGAAUACAUAUGCAGCAUUGGUUAGGUCAUGAUGAUCGGCGACCUCCUAAAUCAUCCGUCCUCUCUAAAUUUUUCUAUUAGUCGGUUCGACAUAAACAAAUGUGUACCGGAUCCCGUUGGAUCGGUGCCAUAUUGAUAAAGGCAGGCGUAUUCCUGAUGUAAACAUACAGAUUAUUUUCAUGCAAAUUCAGCUCUUAAAACAUGAAGUCGUAUAACACUUAUGUAAACUUGAUGUAUGCUCGGCAGCUAAAUAAUAAACCAUGUAUGCUUUUAAGUAUGUGAUGAAUAAAAAUAAAUUCUCCUACUAAUACAAAAA